AUGCCGAAGCUGUCGGCCGCCGCCGAGUCGUGGGAGCCGCGGUGGGAGCCCGUGCCGUGCCACGCCUGGGUGCACCCGUGGAUCCCGCUCCUCGGGCGCCGGCACGAGCCGCUGGUCGCGACGGUGCGGUGCAAGCUCGGUAACGCGCUGGUGGGAUGGCGCGCGCCCCGCGCCACGGCCGACCACGACAUGGUGCUGCCGUGGAAGGACGCGUUUGGGCCGGCGGCGUGGGAGGAGUUCGUCGGCCGGCACGUCGUGCCGUACCUGAGGCAGGGCCUACGGGCGGUGCGCGUCACGCCGCCCAAGCAGGAGGACGGCGGGUUCGGCGGGGUGAUGAGGUGGUUGUCCGUGGUGCCGGCGCGGGACAUGGCGCGGCUCCUGGAGGAGGAGGGUUUCUUGGGCAAGUGGCAGGACGCGCUGUGCCGGUGGCUGUGGGCCGCGAGACCCACCGUGGCGGAGGCCACGGCGUGGCACGAAGGGUGGAAGCGGCUGUUGACGCCGGAGUUGCUCGCCGACGAGCGUGUGCGUGCUCCCAUCGAGGCCGGCCUCCAAAAGAUCAGCCGCGCGGCGCAGGGUCUGGAGAUUUACCGGCCGCCUGGACGGGAGCAGCACGCCGGCCAGGCCAGCUCCUGGCGAUACAGAUCACGACGGCGCGCGGCCUUUGGUCGUGGAGGCAAUAGUAGGCACUGA